AAAGAGAAAAGCUUCGCUGCCACCACCAACCCCCCUUCUACUCCCGCCCUCCCUCCGCGCCACGGGGCACAUGUCUGCUUCUUACAACACCGAGAGGCACAUGGUCCCAGAUAGACACCGAAGCCCAUCGGGACAGAGAGGAAAUCCACCUCUGUGGGACGCUCCGCGCAGAACAGCCACCAUCCAGCGAAGGAGGCCGGGGGACUGCAGCAGCGACAUGAAGAAGGGCUAGAGCAAGGGGACGCGCGGCUCAUGCGACGGCCGGGAGCGCCUGCGAGCUGGAUCUGGUGGAGGAUGCUGCGGCAGGUGUUUCGCAGAGGGCUCCAGUCAUUCUGCCACAGGCUGGGCUUGUGUGUGAGCCGGCACCCGGUCUUUUUCCUCACCGUGCCGGCAGUCCUGACCAUCACCUUCGGCCUCAGCGCGCUCAACCGCUUCCAGACCGAGGGCGACCUGGAGCACCUGGUUGCUCCCAGCCACAGCCUGGCCAAGAUCGAGCGCAGCCUAGCCAGCAGCCUUUUCCCCCUGGACCAGUCCAAAAGCCAGCUGUAUUCGGACUUACACACCCCUGGGAGGUAUGGCAGGGUGAUCCUCCUCUCCCCACCCGGGGACAAUAUUUUGCUCCAGGCUGAGGGGAUCCUGCAGACCCACCGAGCUGUGCUGGAAAUGAAGGUGAACCACAAGGGCUAUAAUUAUACUUUUUCCCAUCUGUGUGUGUUGAGAAAUCAGGAUAAGAAAUGCGUGCUGGAUGAUAUUAUUUCAGUGCUAGAGGAUCUCAGGCAGGCUGCCGUCUCCAAUAAGACAACAGCCAGGGUGCAAGUAAGGUAUCCCAACACUAAAUUAAAGGAUGGGAGGAACAGUUUUAUUGGACACCAGCUGGGCGGGGUAGUGGAAGUGCCAAACAGCAAAGACCAACGGGUCAAGUCAGCCAGAGCCAUUCAAAUCACCUACUACCUCCAGACCUAUGGUUCUGCCACUCAAGACCGCAUAGGGGAGAAGUGGGAGAAUGAGUUCUGUAAGCUUAUGAGGAAGCUCCAGGAUGAGCACCAAGAUCUCCAACUGUACUCUCUGGCAUCUUUUAGCCUCUGGAGAGACUUCCAUAGGACCAGCAUCCUGGCCAGAAGCAAGGUCCUGGUGAGCCUCGUACUGAUCCUGACCACGGCCACCUUGUCCAGCUCCAUGAAGGACUGCUUGCGCAGUAAGCCCUUCCUGGGCCUCCUGGGGGUGCUCACAGUAUGCAUUUCCAUCGCCACUGCAGCCGGGAUCUUCUUCAUCACUGAUGGGAAGUACAACUCCACCCUGCUGGGAAUCCCUUUCUUCGCCAUGGGUCAUGGAACUAAAGGAGUAUUUGAGCUUCUGUCCGGAUGGCGGAGAACCAAAGAGAAUUUACCCUUCAAAGACAGGGUAGCUGACGCCUAUUCUGAUGUGAUGGUAACCUACACCAUGACCAGUUCCCUGUACUUUAUCACAUUUGGUAUGGGUGCCAGCCCUUUCACGAAUAUAGAGGCAGUGAAGGUCUUCUGUCAGAAUAUGUGUGUCUCUAUUCUAUUGAACUACUUCUACAUUUUCUCUUUCUUUGGCUCUUGCUUGGUCUUUGCUGGACAACUAGAGCAAAACCGGUACCACAGCAUCUUUUGCUGUAAGAUCCCUUCUGCGGAAUACUUGGACCGCAAGCCUGUGUGGUUCCAGACAGUAAUGAGCGAUGGGCACCAACAAACCUCCCAUCAUGAGACAAACCCCUACCAGCACCAUUUCAUUCAGCACUUCCUCCGAGAACAUUACAACGAAUGGAUUACCAAUAUCUAUGUGAAGCCUUUUGUGGUCAUCCUGUAUCUCAUUUAUGCCUCCUUCUCCUUCAUGGGGUGCUUGCAGAUCAGUGAUGGAGCCAGCAUCAUCAACCUCCUAGCCAGUGACUCCCCGAGUGUUUCCUAUGCCAUGGUUCAGCAAAAGUAUUUCAGCAACUAUAGCCCUGUAAUAGGAUUCUACAUCUAUGAACCCCUGGAGUACUGGAACAGCAGUGUUCAGGAGGAUCUGCAGAGGCUCUGUAGUGGCUUUACAGCAGUGUCCUGGGUAGAACAGUACUAUCAGUUUCUGAAAGUCAGCAACAUCAGUUCCAAUAACAAGACUGACUUCAUCAGUGUCCUACAAAGCUCGUUUUUAAAAAAGCCAGAAUUCCAACAUUUUCGUAAUGAUAUCAUUUUCUCCAGGGCAGGGGAUGAGAACAACAUCAUCGCUUCGCGCUUAUAUCUGGUGGCCAGGACUAGCAGGGACAAGCAGAAGGAAGUCAUAGAAGUUCUGGACAAGUUGAGGCCCCUGUCCCUCUCCAAGAGUAUCCGCUUCAUUGUGUUUAACCCUUCCUUUGUUUUCACAGACCAUUACAGUUUGUCGGUCAUCGUGCCUGUUCUGAUCGCAGGCUUUGGGGUUCUCCUCGUGUUAGUCCUGACUUUCUUCCUGGUGAUCCAUCCUCUGGGCAACGUCUGGCUGAUUCUUAGUGUCACUUCAAUUGAGCUGGGCGUUCUGGGCUUAAUGACACUGUGGAAUGUCGACAUGGAUUGCAUUUCUAUCCUGUGCCUUAUUUUCACUUUAAAUUUUGCCAUUGACCACUGUGCGCCACUGCUCUACACAUUUGUAUUAGCAACUGAGCACACCAGAACACAAUGUAUAAAAAGCUCCCUGCAAGAGCAUGGGACGGCCAUUUUGCAAAACAUGACUUCUUUUCUUAUUGGGUUGGUCCCCCUCCUAUUUGUGCCUUCAAACCUGACCUUCACACUGUUCAAAUGCUUGCUGCUCACCGGGGGUUGCACGCUUCUGCACUGUUUUGUGAUCUUGCCUGUGUUCCUAACCUUUUUUCCUCCUUCCAAAAAGCACCACAAGAAAAAGAAACGUGCCAAACGGAAGGAGAGAGAGGAAAUUGAGUGCAUAGAAAUUCAAGAGAACCCUGAUCACGUCACCACAGUCUGAGAGUGGAGACUUUUUUUCUUUGCCAGAGUCGCACAACAAUGCAGGGCGAGUAAAGCUCAGACCUCAGCUGCUUGGGCUGGCCAGGGGUAACAAGGCAAGUCAGAUCAAGAGUGCAUUAUUCAUGACGCAUCCAAGGGUCUGCUUCUUUGGGGGGAAGAGGUAAUAAAAGGAGUGACAGUUCUUUUCAAUCUUGUUCUCCAUGAGAGAGAUUUCCAGACAUUGAUGUUAGAGUCUUUCUGAGGAAUAGGUGGAUUGAGGUGUUAAGACAGAGGUGGAAAGAUCAAAAGAGUCAAAAGAAAUGCUUAGAAGAAAUGGAGAAGAGAGAAUAGGUGGUCUCCAGAUAGAGGGAAAGACAUAGGAAAUGUCUAAAUUGCCAUGUCACUUUUCAUGAUUGCUGUUUGAACAGGUCAAUCAAAGGAAACCUAUGCACAUGGGAAGUACAUAUUUAAUCCUGUCUAAACCAAAGGACUGGACCACCCAAUCCAUUUUGUGUGUACAUAUAAGUAUACAUAUACAUAUACUUAUAUCUGUCUUAGUGUACAUUGGUGUUUGGGUGAAAGAAGGUGUCCAUUUGCAGAUAGGCUGGCCUUUCUCUAGAAAGUCAAAUCAGCUUUAGCCAAAUAUAUAAGCUCAUUAGGGGUAAUACAAAAUGUAUAGAUGGCCACUUAAAAUCAACUCACCUGUCUAGACAGCAAGAGUGUUAUUCAACUGUAUGAUAACAAAAUAAACAGAAAUUUGAAUCCAUUAAAUUCUACAUGUCAUGUUGUUGGUCAUUGAGAUCUAACUUUGGGAUGACUUCACAAAAACCUCAAAAGGUGUUUGAGUUAAUUAGCAUGUGAACAAUGUUUAAAACUCAAAAUAGUUGAGAUAGCCCAUCAUUUUAACAUCCCUGUGUAUUUGGAAGGCCAGCAUGGUUGCUUUUGGAUAUCUCACCCACCUGCAAAUGAGCACUUUAAGCAUAUUGUUCUUGCAUCUAUAUGUAAGGGUACACGGUGUAUGUGUGAAAGAGGAAAAAAAAAGAAUGAGAUAACAUUCCAUAGUUAAGUGUUCUUAUUUUAGAUGGUGAAAAUGCACUGCUGCGGCAUAUAGCGAUUCACACAGGAAAAGGGAAAAAUCUGGGGAACUUGGAGAGUAAAAUGGGCUCUUGCCAUUCACCGUCCCAGCAUUAAACAGUCCUUGCCAACUCUAACGUGUUCCUUGGAAUAAGUCUGGAGCAUUAAGUCAGGCCAUGAUCACUAUGUCACCAUAGUGUACACCAUAGCCUCUAUAGCCUCAUUUUGUAGCUUCUUGGCGUAUCAUUGUCUCAUUAAUUAGAAACUAAGCUCCUAUGGCAAGCGUCGCUCUCCACAGGGGCCAUACUAACUGUGUGCAAUUGCUCCCAGAUUCUUUACAUUAAAAUAAUAUAAAGUGUUGAGGAAAAUGUUUCCAUUAAGUUAGUGUUUAAAACUUUGCCCCAGGCAGGUACUCAGUCUGCUGGGUACUUCCAUGGAGUAAGUCUGCUAUUCAUGUUGGAGAAAGUAACUGGAAAAAUUCUUUUCCAUGCCAAGUAGGAACCUAUGUAACAAUUUAUUUCCAGGUAGAAUCAAACAAAUGUCCAACAAUUACACAAUCAGCUAACAAGCUUUUUCCUGAAGAAAGUUGAUAUUUCGCACCACUUUGGCUUGCAUAAUUUAACUGUAUUAAUGAUAUUCAUAGUUAUAAAAGGCAAGAUACAACUAGAACUCUUAAAAAGUCCCACUCGUGUUACAUUUUUUUUUGAAAAUGGCAGUGAUAGAUUAGUGAAGCAAGAUCUCUGCUCUUACAAACGAUGCAGAUUUUAAAAUAGACGUCAUUUGAAGAAAAUUUCAGUUUGUUGAGUGGUGUUUGUUCUAUUCUGCCUUACAGUCACUGUGCUUCAGUGUCUCCCUCACUGUGGGUACAAUAACGGUAGAACUAAGUAGGGAUGGCCGCUCAUAGCCACACUUACGUUUUCACACCAUCUGUAAAGUCGUGUUACAGCAAAUGCCAGCUUUUUAUCUCAUGAACUUCUGUGCUAGAGAAAAGAGGUUUUUGGACAGUUGAUCUCUAGGCCCUGAUCUUAUGUUUAAAGUUGAAUUUUCUGAGCAGCCUUUGGAGUUGGGGAAAAGAAUUCUUCUUUCAAAGUUACUCCUUGUUUGUGAAGAUUGCAAUCAUUCACACCUGUUUUUAAAGAUGGCCACUAAGAAGUUGAGGAGACUAUGUCCCUUUAUUUUUGCCCACAUUCAGCAAUACUCCAUUGUUUCAGCUACUUUUUGUUUAAAGUUAACUUAUUUGACUUUUAUAAUUAACAUAAAUCAUUUCAGAUGCAAAAAAAAAAAAGAUUUGUGAGUUAAUUGGCAAGCUUGACAAUUGCCAAAUGCAUGGGAGUACAGCUGCAUAUUCCACCAAAGCUCCGAUGGUUAAUCUCUUCCAAAGCACUUGGAUGGGGAUAGAAUUGUUUAUGUAUUAGGAAAUUUCUACAUGGAUCAAAUAUGUAGUGCAAAGAGGAAAUUCUCAUUGUCCAACUGUCUAGAGAGGUGGCAUUUUAGAAGCGAUUUUAUCUUCUCAAGAACACAUGAUUCUGUCUAAGGAAUUGUAGCAAUAAUUUACUGAAAUGAAACUCCAUGUUCUAGAAGAGUUAAUAGGACACCCAAAAUGCCUUGAGUUGGUCUUAGGAAGUAAGUAAUGUAAGUCCAGAAGGAUCUUGCCAAGCAUCACCCAAACGUUCGUACCUCACUGUGAAACAGAUGUUUCCAAGAAUUUCUUCACUGAGUACCAAGAUGCACCCUAAAAUAUGAGAUCAUGAUGCGCAGGUAACCCUCCAACCCAAGCCUUUUCUGGUUGCUUGUAUGCUCCCCUUUUUAGUUUUGUUCAAGUUUUUGCUUUUUUUUUUCCAUUUGUGAAGUAUCAAUGACAUUUAAGUUGGGAAUUUAAGUACUAUCAAACUGAGGACCAUUCAAACCCUUGGAGAUAUCAGUGGGAAAUCUUUUAGAAUUGUGGAAUGUUUUAUUUACUGUAAUGCAUUUGCCCUUAAAAUGGGAAAUUUUAAAAACUUCUGAACCCCACCCCUUUUCUUAUUUAAACUGGACCUUGUCCCUAUCAUAAUGUAAAACAGAAAUUAUGGUUCACGGUUCACUGUCCUCAAAGAGGAACUCACCUUAAUUACAAGACAAAAUUCGUCUAAAAGUUCCAGGAGCUAACCUACAUCCUGUGUAAGUCUGUUGAAAGAAUGUGUACUUACAUGUUUUCCUACGGGUUCUUGCAGUGAACGUGGACCUCUUUGAAGGCUGUACAUGAGUACCCUACGACAGAGCAGUUCUCACCUAAGUUUGUAUCACACGAAUAUCUUUCUUCCAGUUGAUUUCCAAUUAUUUCCACAGAAAUAAAUUUACGUGUUUUAUCUUGUGCUGUGAAAGUAGGAGGUAUGACAUACAAAGCUCCUAUGAUGCUACAAUAGCCAUUCUUGUAUGUCAAACUUGAGUGUCAGUGCUAUGUCCAACCUGUAAUUAUUCAUUGCACUUUACCAUAACAUGAUAAUCCUGCUAGAGCUGGAGAUUAACUAUUGCCAUUCAGAAUUGUGUGUAUUUUUAUAUGGUGACUGUAGAUAUUGUCAUUACAGUCAGAUUUUUUUAUGACCAAAUAGUUAUAAAUGCAUGGCACAACGCAUGCAUGAUUACUAAUAGUAUAUAAAUUAUUCAAGACACUAUUUUCAGGGUUAUUGCACACUUUAUUAAAAUUUUCCUAUCAUAACUGCCUCCUGAGAUUUCAGUUGCAAAAACCUAAAGUCCACAGAAAACUCCAUACUAAGGGAAGCCAUCAGAAAAUUGCCAUCUCUAUGAUUGUCAAACUUUAUGAUGACUACUGGGAAAUCCCUGUGGCUAACUCUUGUCUCUGGACAAAGCACCAGGCAAAAUCUGUACUAGCCAGUAACUCAAUUUGCUGAUGUUCCCUAGGUUUUCAAAGGCAAACCAGAAACUAUGGUACCUUAAGAAUGGAAUUGCGAUGCAGUCUUCUAAGACUGGAGAAAUCUGUGAUUUGCGCACACUUCCCAGAGACAAGUCUAUGUUCAACUAGUUUUGUUGCUGUUUGCACAGUGUUCUGCUAAUUCUUUCAAAGGUGGCCCUGAAAGUCUUCAUUUAUAUCAAAGGAAUUUCAAGAUCACUUUCAUCUUUCAUUCUCUUUAAGAAUAGCAGAAUUAUUUCUCUCUCUCUCUCUUACAAAAAAAUAACAAACAGUUAUGACAAAAUUUUAUGGCAUCAAGUCAUAACAUCUACUGCUGAAUUAGUAUGUCCUUGAAUUCUCCCCAUCUCAAAUCUAUAUACAAACCUCUGCAUCAUCUUUGUGGCACAGGCCCUUAUGCCAACCCUUUGCAGGAAUGAUCUGCAGAUACGCUGCACAGAAAAUAAUUACAUUUUCUUUUACAGAUUUUCCUUUAAUAUGACUGCAUUAAUAGGGACCAAAACGAAAGGAGCAACAUCUCUGCAGGAUGCUCAGUGUACAGGUGCUGCAUAUGGAUGUAGUCCGACUUCCGUUUCUGUAUCAGAUGAUCAGUCUCCAUCUAUGUCGUGUUGUAGAGAAGGAGGGCAGGAGGCUCUCUGUUCCAAAUGUUUUCGAGUUUAGAUGACAUUUUGAAUAAGAUUGGAAAAUACUGAAAGUCAGACGAGGCUAUUUCUAAGAAAUCAAGAUGUCAGUGUGUGAGUGCAGUGGGAGGAGUGACAUCAUUGAAGUCCUUUCAGACUAGUCUUUAUGUGUUAGAAACUAGCACAGAAAAUCAGGUGGUACCUCAAAACAAGAGUUUCUAACUUCUGGAAAACCUAUCCAUGUGUAUACAUAUUCCACUUGGGUAUUGUGCUUUUGCUUGUAAGAUUCAGAUGCUGAGCCUGUCUCUGCAUUUAUUAGCAUGACCAGAUCCAUUUUGUGAGUGAAAACAAGAAGCUCAAGGACUCUGGAAAGAAACUUCAAAUAAACACUCAGAAAAGCAUUCAUUUUCAGGACGCUGUAACACACACAAUAAUUUUGAACAUUUUAUGUACUUAAUGAGGAGCGCUCUCUGUCACUGAUAUAGAAGCCAUUUGCUCUUCUUGUAAAAUGAAAAACCAUUCAAAGAGAAUAUAUGGAACCAGUAUUUGCAGUGUACGUAGCUAUUUUAUGGACCAGAUCUUUAGCUCUUCAAUACCCUUAAAGCAGUUAUUGAGAUAAAAUGAGCGUAGACUACACUGGGAACCUCUGUCAGAAAGGUGUGUUAGCACAAUGAAAUAUUUAUAAAUAAGAUCACUGAUAACUUUGCACUUUCAUAAACCAUACUAAGAGAGUCUUUACUAUUUCACCCAGUUGAAUUUUCCCUAAGAAAGCUCUCUAGGUCACACCAAGUAUGAAAUCCUAAAAAAAUCAAAAGGGAAGUUGAGAACAUGGAAGGAGGAAUAAUUCGCAGGCUCUUGCUUAUUCUUGCUCCGUUUCCUGGGCUCCGGUUCUGCAAGGUGGGGCUGGUUAUUAGUAGUUCAAAAUUGUGUUCCAGUUUGCUGUGUGGCUCACUUGAUGCCUGAUAUGGUUUUCUUCUCCUUUGUUUUUGCAGUUACUAAAGCAACUCCAUUAUCUCCAGGGAUCUUUCAAACCAGUGGAGAAAUAAGAGUUUUAAAUUUGGGGAGGAUUUCAUUGAAGAGUUUCCUGGAAAGUUAUUAGGAGUGACCAGCAUGGGUAAAAGAUAAGUGGAGCUUAUUACAGUUGUGCCGCUUUCCAGUCCCAAAUAGAUUUUGGUUGGAUUCUUGGUAGAGAUUGUUCAUGGCACACUAUGAGAAGCAUUACAUUAUCUAAAUGUGAGAAAGGACUAGAAUCUCUCACAGGAAAUUGAAAUCACUUCUACCACCAGAGUCAGUGGAUUUGUAAGUAUUUUCAGCCAUAGUAAGAGACCUUGAAAAACAAAAGAAAACAAAAAAACAGGCUUCUGUGGUCUUGCAAAUCUUACUACAAUCUUCAGCAUCCGUGUCUGUAUGGAAUCAGGAUAUCCAAUGUGUUUGUGGAGCUUAUAGAGCACAUGUUCCCAUUAAUCACGUAUAUCCUUUCAGCAAUAGACUUCCUUACUCUUCAGUAGAAAAUCUGUCACUGUUUGAAAAGGACAGAGAUCUCGCUAAGCUACCUCACAGGGAUAUUUAAAGAUAAAAUGCCAUACAACCUUUGACUAAGUGGUAAUAUAAUGCUAUUUAUUGCCCUUUCGCUUUGUAAAUUUGUACCAAGCUAGUUGUAAAAUGAACACCCCUGUAGUUUUAUUCACCAAUACAGCAUCACUCAUAAAAAUUGUUUAGUUAUCUUUUCUUAGAUGUCCCAGAGAAUGGAAAUUAUUUCAGAAAGAAUAUUGCCUGGAGUUAGCUUGAGAUGGUGGCUGAUUAGAGAGGUGUGGCAUUAAAUAAUCUGCGACGAACCAGUGAAAAGCCCAUGUGCCCAUCUUCUCAGUGGAUGGAAGAGCAGCAAUUCAUGUCUUUAAUUAUGUUAAGCAAAUACGAAGCAAUGAAGAUACUAGAAUUACAAAGUAAGUUUCCCCCCCUCCCUCCAAUGGAAAAGUACUGUUUUCACCUCAGGAUUUUGAAACACUGGCUGCUUGAAGCUAGGGAGGAAAAGAACUGCUAAAAGGACCACCGCCCCCUCACCCAUCAGCAAAACACAGGCGUGAUAGUGGAAAGUAAGCAUUUCAUUUGCUUUCCUCUCCCAGAAGAAAUACCUACCACUUCUCAAUACUGACCCAGGAAAUGCUAAUCUCUACAAGAAAAUGAAGAAGAAUAACAAGGCAUAUGAAAUGAUAUGGCUCCAGCCUCCUAACAAUACAAAUGCCAUGGGAAAAAAUAGCAUUGCCAGUUGAUUUUGCCAUAAGAAUGGCUCUUUAAUUAAUAUUCUUUUUGGUAUAGGUUCCUUACAUUCUUCUUUUGUGAAAAUAGCCUCAUUUUUUACUCCCAAGUUCCAAUAAAGGAUUAAAGACCUCUGUUCCAGAAUUCUCCACAUAGAGCUCUUCCCCUAAAGCAACCUUAUCCACAGAAGCAUACAAAGAAAAAAAAAAAAAAACAACAAAAACAAUCUGAUACUUGAAAGUAUAACCUAAGUUGUAUUUCAGUGUCAGAAUGUCUUCUCCCAAAUAACAGACUGCCCCAAUACUCACCUUAGAUCUUACUGAACUUCAAAUAUUCUAAACAUAUUCACCUUAGAUAUUACUAAGAUGUCUUUUAAGCACCAUUUCCAUGCUUUUGAUUUUUCAAAAUUUGGUGUAUGGUCAAAUUUGUAUGCAUUUCCAUUCUCAGUAAAAAAGUAAAAUUUGAAAAUGAGGUAUUUGACAAAAAAGCAAGUAUCAUUACCACAAUUACUUGGCUCUAUCUGGCUAACAAUGAAUAAAAAUGGGGGAUAUAGACAAACAGGUGUGGGCUUAUAGGAAAUAUUAUGAGAAACCUUAACCCCCUCGUUGGAACAUCCUGCAUCAGUUCUAGAACUAGCAGUGGUGGUGUCCUAGGUCUGAGUAGGUUCAAGAGACCAUUGCCCCCAGGGGCGAGACGUGCUCCAUGCCAAUUGACUAACUCCAUGUUUUCCUCCACUUUUGAAAGUCAUUUAAGGUUCUUAAAUUAUUUUUUCCCUUUUUUUUUAAAUUUUUCAUCAA